AUGUCCUGGCUCCGGAGUAUAUUUUUCUAUGGUGUAUUGCAGCUGUUCGCCCAUUUUGCAGUCGCUGAUGUUAUAGUGCAAUUGAAUAUAAAUCGUCCCAUUUAUGAUGUCAGUGAUAAAUUUGUUAGUUUUUCUAUUAAACCCGAGGAUUUAUAUAAAGCUUUAGAUGGUUCUAAUAGAAAAACUAUAACCCGCAUGGCUUCUAUGUUGAGCCAUUCGCAUGUUAAAUUUGUGGGUGAUUUCUAUUUUGCUUCUAAAACCGAGGGCAUACGUUUGAGAAAUCCAACGAAAAUUGUUUGGAAGGGUUUUAAUAAGUGGACCAAAGCCGUAAAUUGGUCGAUGAUUAUACCGGUACCCUAUAAGCCCGACAAUUGGGAUGCCAUGCAGGCUUUGAAAAUUUUAAAUACUUCUCAUAUGGUGGGUAUAGAUGAAGCCAUUUGGCAGUUGGGCACAGAUUUCGGUACCUCUCGGGCUGCAGACUAUGCCAGUGAAUUGAAGACAUUUAAUUUAAUGGUGGAAUCAUUUAAGCAAACUGUUACCAAUUGGCAAACUAUGGGUGCUGAUAUAUCGGCUGGCAGUAGUCCUGAGGAAACCAAACGUUAUGUUGAACUGUCUAGGGAUUUGAAUGUAGCCUAUGGAUGGAUACAAUCUGGUGAUAUGUUCUCUAGUGUAGGUUCAACCAUUUCCGAUCGUGAUCCGGCUCUUAAAGUUCUUUUCAAAUCAAAUGUUCCCGUUUGGCUGUCUCUACCCAAAAAGAAAGUUCUCUCAACACAUCUAGAUGAUGAGGUGCUUGAUGGUCUUAGCUGGGCUCAAACUAUGGGUGAUGCUGCCAAUGUGGGUUUUGAAUCUAUUUUUAAAACUCUAUCUCUCGAUGAUUUAGAAAAACCCAAAUAUGGUUUCUAUGUAACGGCUCUGUUUAAGAAAAUUAUGGGUUCUCGUGUCUAUCCUGCUCGUCCUUUGGGUGUAUUUGGUCGCAACAAUAAACUAUACACUCAUUGUGCUAAUAUGGUAUCGGGCGGUUUGGCUUUUAUGGUGGUCAAUAAACAAGAGCUACCUUUACAGAUUGCCAUAAGAUCCAUGAAUAGAUUGCAGGAUUCUGAGGUGUGGCAAUAUGCUCUCACCAUGUCUAAUGGUCAUGUUAUGUUGAACAAUAAGAAGUUGUCGGUAAAUACUACUCUCAUACCUGAGAUCAGGAGAAAACAUACCAAGUCCAUGUUGCAAUUAAAGACGCCAGGUUUGUCAGUGAGCUUUUGGGUUUUGCCCAAUGCCAACUUGGAACACUGUCAAUUUACUGAAGUCGAGACUCCCGUAGUGCCAGCAGAAGAGACCAAUCAAAAAAUUAAACGUUAUUCCUCCACUGAUCGUUUGUUAAAGGAAUUAAUUAAAGAAUCCGCUAAACCACCUCUGUCACCUUUGGCCAGUCUUAUAAGAAGACAUCGUAGAUCGGUGGAUAAUGAAGACAGAUUUAAACGUUUUGUUUUAGAAGGCAAUAGGGAUGAGAUUAAACCUUUGACCAACUUUGCCGAAAACAUUGUACAAGAAAUGAAAACACCCCUGAAAAGAGAUAUCUUCUCACCAGACCGAAGAAUUGCGGCCUUAAGUUGGUUAGGCAACAUUUUUAAGGAACCCUUUAGCUUGGAUUUGCCUUUGUUAAAGAGAAAUGCCCGUCAAUCGGAUGCCUAUACAGGACCCUUCUUUAUGACACGCGAUGGUAAGAAAACUGCUUUCACAAAAAAGAUCACAGAGAUCAGAAAACCCGAAAAGAAAGUAAAUAAACUUCCUGUCGAAGAUCAAGAAUUUGAUGAGGAAAAAUUUUUUAAAAAUGUGGGCGUACAACCCGAACCGGAAUAUGUUCGUGUGCCCGAAGGAGAUGUGUUCUUGAGUAAAAUUGCCUCUUUAGAUGGUGACGAAACAGAUGAAGAGCUGAAAAUUGAAACAAAAAAGGCCAAUAAAGCCAAGGCCCAGACUAAAGAAAUUGUUAGUGAAAUGAAGCCUUUACGUCUAUUACCCACUGAAUUCUUUGAAGCCUUACCUGCCAAUCCCAUCAAACCAGUGGCAAAUAAGUUGAACAUUGGUUCUGCCUUAAAUUCCCUGCUUUUCUCUGAUCCGUUUGGCAAGAAAUAUGGCAAAUCUAACAAAAAUGUAUUUGCCAAAAAUUUCGAUUUAAAAGAAGAUCCCAUUACAACGGAAAUUGUAGAACCAGAAAUCCAUAAAGAUUUGGAUAUAGAUGCCGAAACCAAUGAUGUCGAUGAUUUUGAGCAGGCUCAAAUCGAUAUAACCCAAAAAGCUUUAAAGAAGAAAGUCUCAGAAGAGGAAGUCGAUGAAAGUAAGGAAAAAGAUGUAGACGAGUUAUUAGAUGCUGGCGAGGAAAAGACUUUGGAGAAAACUAAACCUUUAUAUUCCAAUUUUCUUUCGUCCGACAAUUUAAAUUUAUUUGGUGAAUCCUCCAAAGGUGAAGCAGAAGAGGAGUUAAACGCCGACAAUAAAUCUGUACAAACUGAUAGCUCUACCAAGACUAAAUUUGACGAAUUACCCUGGUGGGAUUUAUCAAAUACACGUUUAAAGCGCUCUCUAGACACUCGUUAUCCAGCCGAUUCAUGGCGUAAUAAUAUGAUCAGUAAAGAUGAAGAUCCCAUAACAGCGGCCGAUGAAAUGUCACCGAUACGUUUGCGUCAUUUUGAACAUAAAGUCGAAGAAGUUGUUCGCUCUGCUAACAAUAAAAAUAAUAAAAACGAUGACGACAAUGAUGAUGAUGGUUCAAUUGGAAAAAGGAUUGUUAAGACUUUUAAGGAGCAAGUAACUAAGUUAGUGGAUAUUUUCUCGCAACAUGUAAAUGAGUGGUAUAAUACUUUGACUAAACAACUGGAUAGUCCAGAGGAAAGCACUACCGAAGGAAAUCGUAUAGCGUAA